CGGACUUUAAUGGCGGAGUUUUUGAAACCCGUGGUUUUUAAAGAAUUUUUGUUAAAAUGGUGAGAACUUGUAUCGUGGAGGCUUGCGGAAGGGAGUAUUAUACUGAUUGUGGUUUGUCUUUUCAUAGAUUUCCUAGAGAUGCUAAUGUUAAGGAAAUGUGGAUAAAAGUUAUACCCAUGAGCUCUACCAGAAAAUUGACCAAUGCCUCAGUUGUAUGUAGCAAACAUUUUAAAGAUCAAGAUUAUGUUGCUGGUUUAUCACGACCAGUAUUAAAACAUGAUGCAGUUCCCUCCGUUUUUUUGCUACUAGCAAUAAAGAAAAUAAAAGUAUUAUGUGAUAUUCAAAUACCAUGUAGUAGCAAAUCUGACAAGUUUGUGCUAUCAGUAGAACCUCCAUCUAAGAAACAUUGUAUUCAGCAGGAAUUUAUAAACCUACCGGCAGAGCCUCUGGCUAAGAAAUUUUAUCAAGUGGAACCUAAGAGCAACUUCAAAUUGAAAAAUGCCAGUAUACAAACUGAUAUAAAAGAUCCGUAUAGUGAACUGCUAAAGCAAAAAAUUAAAAUUCUGAUGCAGAAAUUACAUAGACGUGAUAUUCAAAUAAAAAAUCUACAAGAUAUCAAAAAAAGAAAAUGUAGUAAUUUCGAUCAAGUCCAAACCGCGUUAAAGAAUAAUUUUCCAGAUAUAAAACAUAUUAACACAAGAGUAAUAAAGGCAUCAGAUAUAAUGCCGAAAUGAAACAAUUCGCUCUCUCUUUGUAUUACCAUUCUGCCAAACCUUAUAAAUUUUUAAGGAAUCACAUUUUCUUACCACAUCCAGCCAGUCUCCGAAAAAUAGUAACCACCAACGAAUGUAAUGUUGAUUUUAUUAGUGAAGUAUUAGAAUUUAUAAAAUGUGUCGUUAAAGAAUGAUGAUUAGUUUCGGAAUGUAGCUCUAAUUUCAUGCGAUGGCAAAUCGCUCACUCAUUACGUAUCAGAAGAACAGUGACAAGCACUAAAGUUUCUUGACUUAGGACGCAUUACAUCAGCUGAGGCAGAAAUACUAGCUACUAACUGAUGAUUAUGAAUUGACUUCUAUACUCGAAUUUAGGAACAAAAAGAGUGCUAUUGUGGAAAAUGUAAUACGGAUCAGUUGACAUCAAUAAAUGAUUCGUUGGACAUCUUAGAUAAUGCCUGUGUUUCUGAUUUUAAACAGAUCUUUAUUGUAUUGCUGGAUUUAUCGUGAAUCGGAACAUUGACAGAAUUUCUUGUACAAAUUGUCUUGUGAUUUUAUUGGAUCACAAAACCUUACAUCACAACUACUGUGUCGACAUAUCACAAUUUUCUGCAUGCUUUAUUGAUCGAGGAAAACUUAAGCAUGUUUCCAGAUUUGUAUUUGUAAUUCUGAAGUACAUUGAAAAACUGUUUAUUAUAUUAUCAAAUCAAUAAUUAAAAACGUA